AUGAACGAAGCAACCAUUAGCAAAGAAAAACUUGAACUUCUUUAUAUUUACUCGAGUUGUGAUGUCGCUGACGCGCUCUUAAAACUGAAUCAUCCUCAUGGAGGUUAUCUACCUGAUAUAAUCAUGUUUUCUCCAGAACAACAAGCUGGUCCUACUAAACUUGUUGGCCCAGUGUUUACUGUUGUUCCGAUUUCUGACACUACUUCUCCAAAACCAGCUCAACAUUUUGCUGAUGCAGCCCCUGAGGGUAGCGUGGUUUUUGUAUCAGCUCCACCAAAUUCAAUAAAUGCUGUUUGGGGAGGUUUGAUGAAUACGAGAGCCAAAGAACGUGGUGUCAAAGGAGUUAUUGUAGAUGGUCGUGUUCGUGAUCUUGGGGAACUUCGAGCUGAUAGACUUCCUGUAUUUGCAAAAUCAACGUCAGUACUUUCAUCCAAAGCAUAUACACGUCCAUCAACUCUUAAUCAACCAGUCACACUUAAUGGAAAUUAUAAUCCACCAAUUAUAAUUAAUCCUAAUGAUGUGAUUAUUGCAGAUUUGGAUGGAGCUGUUUGUAUUCCUUUACAACUUUUGGACAAUGUACUGGAAUCAUGCAAAAAGCAUGUGGAAAUGGAUAACAAUGUUCGUGAAGAAUUACUUAAGGGAACAACUAUUACGGAAGCAUUUGCUUUGCAUCGAAGAUAA